CCAGCACCUACCACCUCACAGUGGUCUCAACCCAGGAUAGUGAUGACUCAUAAAAAGCUUGUGACUGCUGCUGGUUGCCCUAGAAAUCAGCCCCAAGGAACAACAGCAGAUAGUAGAAUCUGCUGAAAGAGAUCUGAAAGAAGACCAAAACUUGAUGGCCAGAGUACCUUCUCUGGCACGCAGAGAAUGAGAGGGUAGAGAGGAGAGCUAAGAGCUGAUGAGGAGAGACACUGAGAGGAAGAGAGUGAAGAACCAAGAUGUUGUUCCUAAAGCUAGCAACCGAGAAGGCACUGGCUGAAGCAAGAGCCGCCAGAGAGAAGCAGUAUGAGGCUAUGAGAAUGGCGGCAGCUCCCGAGGGUGCUGCCGGGAGCCCUGGGAAGGGCCAACCAGCAGUGCAUGCCCCAUGCUCACACCCUCCUUUGCUGUCAGACUCAGAAUGGCUGGAUCUCAGUGCAGAAGAACAAUUGGCUUGGGCCAAAAAUACUCAAGACCCUCGAAUUGCAGUCGGUUUCCAGUCCCCACUAGAAAAGAAGAUUAAGAGUUUAGGUGGUGUCCAUUCUCCAGAAGCGAGGAAACUGUUAGCCAAAAAAUUCCAACAGGAGAAUGAAACACUUGAUAAACUUAAGGCCAUGUCUUUCGACUUGCGGUUUGCCAAAGCAGUGACCUACUACAGCCAGCGCCACCGGGAGCGGCUGCCGAGCCAGGAGUGGGAGCCCAGCGCGGCUGCGAAAUGGGAAACUGAGGCAGAGGAGGGGAAGCCGCCCCGCGCAAGCUCAAGAGACAAGCCAAGGCAUGACCUGGUGCCCGAGAGGGAGCUGGAGCAGAUAAGGAAACACGUCCACCGGGCCGAGCGCGCCAGAGGCCUCAGAGACCACAGGUACCGACGACUCCCCCAGAAAAUUCCAAGUGAGCCGCUUUUCACAAAGACGCUGAUGCUGGCAAAGGAUGCCCAAGCGGAAAACACCCAGAAAACACAAAAAACGAAAAUGAACAAGCACAAGGUAGCCUGGGCAAAGGAACAGAUAAAGCGGCACCAGGAGCGGAUGGUUCGAGGGAGAAGCCUCACGGAGCAGAGGAACAAGGAACGAGCCAGGGGGACCCUCUCCACCUGGGUGGCUCCUCCCCUGAAGCCUCCAGUGGUGAAACCUCCAGAGGAAGCAAAAGAAUAUGAGUGGGUCACAGCCUAUCCAAUUGCCCAGCCUUACCAGAAAGCACUAAUAGAAGUGACAAUUCUGAGGGAAAAGUCAAAAAAGGAGUAUGAAAUUAAGAAACGACCCCCCAGGGAGGUCCUGUGUAUACCACCAUUUUUGAAAAGUCAACUGAAAAGAAAUAAAGUUUCAAUUAUUUUCUAGAUCACUGUAUCUCUUUUUAAGGUCAGCAUCCCUCUUCCUUGUUAGUGCAGGAAAGUCCAUACUCUCCAAUUUUGCAUCCAGCUGGAAAAAAUAAAAGGUAAACCCCAAACAUGGCAUUCCCACGUGUUUCAGUCACCUGGUUACCUGCACCAAACCCCAGCCACUUCCAACCACCACCAUGUUAUUCUCUUUCAGUUCUUAUCAGGAAUUCAGGCAGAACUCAGCCUGGCAAUUUUUUUGCCCAUGCAGCACCACUGGCACCAGGAGACUU